AUGCGUGACUGUAAGAAGAUAAUGGAUUCUUGGAAGACUUCUCUGGUGCUGGUGUGUCUGAUUGGAUUCACCUGCGCCGAUCUGGUUAAAUUCAUCGAUUGUGGGUCUUCUGUUGGCAAAGUCUCCAGCGUCGACAUUACCCCGUGUCCCACUCAGCCAUGCCAACUUAAAAAAGGGCAAGACUACAGCGUCAAUGUCACCUUCCUGAGCGAUGACGAGACACAGAAGAGCACCGCAUUGGUUCACGGUGUCGUCGCUGGAGUUGCAAUCCCUUUUCCAAUUCCAGUCGACGAUGGCUGCAAAUCCGGCAUCAACUGUCCCAUCCAGAAGCAGCAUUCCUAUAGCUAUGUCGCCACUCUGCCUAUCAAGUCUGAAUAUCCCUGUCUCAAGGUGGUGGUGGAAUGGGAGCUGAGAGACGAUAACAGCAAAGAUUUGUUCUGCAUCAAGUUUCCUAUUCAGAUUGUAGACUAA